GGCAGAGUGCAGCAGAGGGGGCCGUCGGGAGACCUCGCAGCCGGCCAGCCGUCACUUAUGUCCGGGUUAAUGUUUAGCGCGAGGACGAGCAGCUCGUGGGCCUGCGGCCGCCUGUUGAGGCCGGCUAGUCUGCUGCUGCCUCCGCUCCGCGACAACCACGCGUCUAAAAUGUCGUCGGACUCCCACUGGCUCCCCCCUGCCGACCGGGAUCAGCAGGUGAUGGCCCUCAGGGCCUCGGGAUGGGUGGAGGUGGAGGAACGCGACGCCAUCUUCAAAGAGCUUCACUUCAAAACAUUCAAUCAGGCGUUCGGCUUCAUGUCUCGAGUGGCUCUGCAGGCGGAGAAGAUGAACCAUCACCCAGAAUGGUUCAACGUUUAUAACAAGGUUCAGAUCACUCUGACGACGCACGACUGCGGAGGACUCUCCAAGCGGGACGUCAAACUGGCAAAGUUCAUCGACAAAAUUGCAAAUUCAAUGUAAUAUUGUUGCUCUUCAAAACCAGAAGGCGUCUCUGCUUUCGGUCACAACUCUGCGGUGUCUGUCAGAAAAUAUGAUUUAAUAGACACCAUAAACACCCCCCCACCCCCCCCACACACACACACACACACACACACACACACACACACUGGGUUCCUCUUCAAUAACGCCUGUUUUUAUGUUCUCAGCCUAUUUUGUAAGAAGAAAAAUAAAACUUUGAUUUUGUGUG